GUACUACGCAAUACCGUACCACGAAUCUUCAGAAAUUUAUCGUUCUCAUUUCUGAAAACGUGGAGAUAUUGUGGGAAUGGAGCAACCAACUACGUCGCCAGAAUCUACAGCUCCAAUCGCAUGCCCAAUCUGCGGCAAGUCUGAAUCAUUACGACGUUGCGGCUCGUGCAAGCGCGUUGGUUAUUGCUCUCGUGAGCAUCAACGUCAGCACUGGAAAGCGCAUCGUGCCGACUGCACGUACCAGUCCAAGCAAUUGCAACCAGAAAAGGAUUCUCCCAGCUCCAGUGACAUGGUGGUUGUAGUGGAGAUCAAGAGUGGAGAAGGCAGUGGUCUCACCAACAUGAUGAUCAAUCACGUUUUCAAUUCAAAAGUCCAAGGUGUGAGAUACAUUCGACAACGUCUGGGUUACACCCGGACGGAGGAGAUGAAAGAGCUAACGGAGAUGCCGUUCCUGCGAGAACUCAUGCAUUUUUCCAGUGGCGUGCUCUAUGUGGAUCCUCGCCAGAACGUGUUCCCACCAUUUACUGAGGAAUUCAAUCGCCAGUUUGGUUUUGGCUUUGGAAUCGACAAGUUGAACGAUAUGUUGAACUGCAGAGGCGUCAGUGGCGAGCUGAAUGCUAUGGCCAUUUAUAUUUGUAGUAAGCUGGAUGACGGGAUUUCAACGUCGGUGAACGCGAGUGGAGACGCGUUUUUCAUUGGCACGACGGCGAGGGGUGAGCCGGUUACCAGCAACGUGCUCUGGGGUGCUGCAAACUUUGUUGUACGAGGCCAUGGAUUAUUACCCCGAUGUCAAUUGCCCGAAGGAACAACGCGAGCAGAAGUUCCACAAAUGGAGCCGCAGAUAUGCGCUCGAGACGUGGGAGCCCAUGGCAGGUCGCGCAGGCAUUAAUUUGUACCAGACGGACCCUUUCCAGUGUGCGGCACACUGGCCGACCGUGGACCACCGCACACCGUAAGCAGCAGCGGAAGCUGCAGUGGCGUGGGCUAAGUGAUGUUUGUUGUCGUCCGAAUGUGGGAAAGAAAACAAGAAAGGAGGUAGUGAGUGUUCGGCGCUAAUAGGUGCUCUUUUCUAGUUUUUUUUUUUUAUUCUACCGAUAGCUUGAAAUUUUCCCUUGCGUUCCUCAUGAAAUUGAAGUGUUGAAUGGAAUUGCUCGGUGGACUGACA